GUAUAUAUUAUAGCCAAUGAAACGCCCAUGCAAAGCGUUUCUAUCCGCAGCAGACUCGGUACACUGGGCUGAGUGUGCUCCUAUCUACGCCCCGAUCUAAGCCCCGCACACACACCGGGUCCGAUCCUUCUUUCUCUCAUCCUUGGGACGAUGCAGGGCUUUCUGUUCUGCACACAAACCCUCUAGGCUGAGACACUGUUAGGAGCAUGCGCACAAAAUCCAUCCGGGAUCACUGUCCUGCUGGCGUUUCAAACACACAGCGUCGUUUCUCAAACAGGGUUAGAUAAACACUGAGCCGUGCAGAGGGUUUUUUUUUUAGUUAAACGAUAUUGCAUAGCAGUUUGUAAGGCGUGGACGAUUUAAAAAAAGCAGCUACUAAACAGAAUCCUGUGUGCUGCCAUGGACAGUGUGAAGAUGGAAUCUGUCCAGAUUAAAGAGGAGUUCCCUGAACUUGAACCUGUCCCCAUUAGAGUGGAGUUCUCUGAGCUGGCUUCCCUCCCCAUUAAACAGGAGCUCUGUGAGAUGCAAUGUGACAGCAGCCAGCCAGAGGUCUCCGAGAUUAAAGCUGAGCACAAUGAAUUGGAGAUCCCCCAGACAGAAGAACCCCUUCCUGUUAAUCAAGAAGAGGUGCUGGAAACUGUCUGUAUUAAACAGGAGCCCCCUGAAGUAGAGUUUGAGCACAUGGAACCAGUGAAGGAAGAAUCAGAGGACUUCAAACCAAACAUCCUUGAGCAGGAGCGUGUACGCCUGCGGGAGUGUAGCGUGGUGCUGGAGAGAAUCUGCGUGAGAGAGCAAGGCGCUGGAGAGGAAGGCUCUCCCAACAGCACGCAAGGAGGUGGAAAGGAAGACGGGCGCUCCCAUUCAGAAUGCAGUCUAGCAGGUUCCAGUUCAGCAGCUAAAGCGAGGGCGGGCGGUGGAGAAUAUCCUGACUGUGGGAAAGGUUUCACCCAGUUAGGACAUUUAAAAAAAACACAGAAAAUUCACAGAGGAGAGAAACAGCAUCACUGCUCUGACUGUGGGAAGAGUUUCAAUCAGUUAAACAGCCUUGUUUCACACCAGCGAAUUCACACAGGAGAGAAACCGUUUUGCUGCAGUGACUGUGGGAAGAGUUUCAGUCAUUCAAGCAACCUGAAAAAACACCAGCGAAUUCACACAGGAGAGAAACAGUAUUGCUGCUCUCACUGUGGGAAGAGUUUCAGUCGGUCAGACAGCCUUGUUUCACACCAGCAAAUUCACAAAGGAGAGAAACCGUAUUGCUGCUCUGACUGUGGGAAGAGUUUCAGUCAGGCGGGAAACCUGAAAGCACACCAGCGAAUUCACACAGGAGAGAAACCGUAUCACUGUUCUUUCUGUGGGAAGUGUUUCAGUCGGUCGCACAGCCUUGUUUCACAUCAGCAAAUUCACACUGGAGAGAAACUGUAUUGCUGCUCUGACUGUGGAAAGAGUUUCAGUCAGUCAGGAGACCUGAAAACACACCAGCGAACUCACACAGGAGAGAAACCGUAUAUCUGCUCUGACUGUGGGAAGAGUUUCAGUAACUGGGGAAACAUGAAAAAACACCAAAAAAUUCACACAGGAGAGAAACCGUAUUGCUGCUCUGAUUGUGGGAAGAGCUUCAUUCAGACGGGAAACCUGAAAGCACACCAGCGAACUCACACAGGAGAGAAACCGUAUUGCUGCUCUGCCUGUGGGAAGAGUUUCAGAGAUUCAGGAGACCUAAAAAAACACCAGCGAAUUCACACAGGAGAGAAACCGUAUUGCUGCUCUGACUGUGGGAAAAGUUUCAAUCAGUCAAACAGCCUUAUUUCACACCAACGAAUUCACACAGGAGAGAAACCGUAUCACUGCUUUGUCUGUGGGAAGAGUUUCCGCGUUAAACAAAGCCUUCAAAACCACCAGCGAGUUCACAAAGGAGAGGAACCUUAAAGACUAUGUUCUAGGGACGUGGCUUUGGUACAUUUUUAUGAACAUUUAAAUACUAUGCAGUGUCUACACACACACACACUCUUUAUAUUGCAUUCUGAUUUAUACUGACAGCCCUGGCUAGUAUUUUCCAAGCAAAGAACCCCUGAAUAAGAAAAUAACGUUUUAACAUCACAAUGACUUUACUACAAAGUGAAAAAAAAAAAAACAUACACACCAAAGUAUAUAUUGAAAUCUUUCAAUUUUAAUGUCCUCUUCAAUCAAACAAUGGUUGUAAUUGAAGUUAUCAGUGGAGAUGGAACUAUAUACAUAUUAAAAACAUUUUCGGAUUGUAUGUUUUUAGAAUUUUUGUUUCUUAAAGGUUCAUUUAACAAAAAAAAGCAUUUUUAAAAAAAAAAUAUGUAUAAGUAACUUUGCUCAAAAUUCUAUGCUUUUUAAAAAAAUUAAAUUAAAUUAAAAACGAGCAUCCCCCUCUGCACAGCGCUAAUGCACAAUGGCUGCAGCAGAGAAGAGAAAGUGACCUGUGCCGACACUGGAAAAAAAAGUCACCAGGAAAAAAGAACAGCACAGGAUUUUGGAAUUUUAAAGAGCACUGUGACUGAUAUUAAAAGGUCUGCCUCCCAGCUUUUUAAAGGUUGUAGUCUUUGAUAGUAGGGGUUGGCUUUUAGAGAAAUAUAUUGCUUGAGUACUUCCAGAGCAUUACAAUUUCCGAGUACUCGAAUCUACCGCUGCUUGAAGACAAAACGCUUCCUUUUUAUAAUAUCCACAGCAGUUGGAUACGCACCGUAUAUGAUGAUAAAUGACUAAAAUUAAUACAUAAAUAUGCAUUUGGUGAAAUUUGUCAUGUGACCGUUUAGACAUCUAGCAUAUUAUUCAGCAUUUGACCACUUUAAAUGUGUACAAUUCCCAUCCCUGCUGCGUUCACCUUGCAUUAUGAAUCCCUGUGUAAUUUACUGUUUUGUGUAUCGCUCUAAGAGCUUGAUUUUUAAAUGUUCAAAAUGCUGUUCAGCUCUCUUGCACUCUGAUUGUGUCAGAAAGUGGGCGGAGACGCGGACACGUCACAAGAGGCUUCUCUGCUGUCAGUUUAACUCAGGCUGUCAAUGCAGUCAGUGCCUGGGAGCGGGAAUAUGCAGAAAGGAAACUAUUCUGCACCUCAUCUGAUGGACGAGUCAGGAGAAAUUGAUAACUCAGUGUGGGGAAUGAGUUUCAUUUAAACGUCAUCAUGAUUCUAAAACUAAUGAACAAUGAUGGUGUCCCAUGGCUGUAUUAUGAGAUGAAUGGCUGAAUAUUGCGCGACGUGUAGCGUUGCGAUGUGCAUUGUCCAUGCUUGUAUUCGUGCCUGCUUUUGUAAAGAUCCCUGAGUAAUAGCAGUGUAGCAAGCAUGUGUACGGAUCUUAGGUACAGAAAGUCAAAUUGUGUAAUCUGAGUUCUAAUGAGACCUGACUGUUCAAUUAAACCUUGUGUGUGCUGAUUGAAUGAUUUGAUUAAUAUACAACAGGAUACUAAACCAUGCUAAAGAAAGAACAGAAUACUGCACCGCUCUGUAUCACCAGGAUGUGUAAGCAAUGUGCAUUUCAAUACCUUCCUGCAUUGCUUGCUGUUCUCUGAGUUUAAUAAAGUAUUAGUAUUAAACUCUUGCAUUGAGUGUAUCAUUCUGCAUGAACCCAUUCCAGUAACUCACACUAGUGAGCCACAUAACAUAGGGAAAGUGCCAUCUCCCAAAUAUUUAGUCAAUUGCAGCGUACCAAAUGUGCCAGGUGAUGUCUGUCUAGUGGAUUAAGCAGGUUUAGUCCAGCUGAUUGGACUAAAGUUAGUACACCUUGAAAUCCUGAUUGCAGUGGAACAGAAGUUAAUCCUCACAGGCAGAUCAUCUGCUAAAUGAGACUAAACAAGAUCCCGAUUGCAGCAGCGUACCAGAUCAGAUUCCUUAUGAUCCUGUUCAAGUGGAUUAACUCAGUACUGUGAAGGAGAAGACUAACUUCGUACGCUUGCUCGUUCUAAGCAAUCACUGCUUACUGUUUUUUUGCAGACAGCUGUAUUUUUCCUCUGAAAUGACAAGUACAUCACGCUGGGGGAGUCAGGUCCGUGAGAUAAAUUCUCGCACAAUAUAUAUAGGCCCUGUAUUUAAAAUAAACUUUUUUUAAUCAUGUUCUUUUGAUACCGUUUUCAGUUUAACGCAAUACAAUUCCAGUUAAUAUGCUUUAACUAUAAGCAACUUUAUAUAUUUAUCGGACACUGAGUUUUAUCGCAUUAGAUGCGUAAAUGCAGCAAACAAGACACGCCUCCUCCCAGCACGUAUGUGUUUUUUUUUAUUCCAAGCCUUUGUUUGUAGACUGACUACGAGACAGAGGUCGCUAUGAUUGUGGAUUUGUCAAGAUGCAAACUCAGUGAAAGCCUAGUUCCUUAUUUUUCAAUGUACCUGGGGAGACAACAGUCCUUUGUUUUGUUUCACAAGUGCACCUGGGAAUAUAUCAGAAGGACAUAUUUAAUCUUGAAAGUAGUCAUUUUGAUUGGAAUACGGCAAGCUGCACUCAUUAGAUGCAUGUUAUAUAUUCAUUCUUUAUAUUACUAUUAGAAAAA